AUGGGCGGGGUUUAUGACUUUGUGGCUGUGGUAACUAGACGAUCCCAAAGAAAAGGAACAAGCGGAAAUCUCUUUGCGACGCCUCUCAGAACUUCGCACUGAACUCGCCGGCAUCUCGAGAAAGACUGCUCUUCCUGUCACCUUGACCUCUAUUUUAAUUACAAAGGUCGAGCACCAUGUCCAUCCUGAAGAUUCAUGCCCGGGAGAUCUUUGAUUCCCGUGGCAACCCCACUGUGGAGGUGGACCUCUACACUGACAAAGGUCUGUUCAGAGCAGCUGUACCCAGUGGUGCCUCUACUGGUAUUUAUGAAGCCCUGGAGCUCAGAGACAACGACAAGUCACGCUACCUUGGGAAAGGUGUUUCACAAGCAGUGGACCACAUUAACUCUACACUUGCACCUGCACUCGUUGGGCAGGAGGUGUCUGUGGUUGAGCAGGAGAAAAUCGAUCAGAUCAUGCUUGACAUGGAUGGCACCGAGAACAAGUCCAAGUUUGGUGCCAAUGCCAUCCUGGGUAUUUCCCUUGCGGUGUGUAAGGCUGGUGCAGCUGAGAAAGGCGUCCCCCUGUACCGUCACAUCGCUGACCUCGCUGGGAACCCAGAGGUCAUACUGCCCGUACCGGCCUUCAACGUGAUCAACGGUGGAUCUCACGCGGGCAACAAGCUGGCCAUGCAGGAAUUCAUGAUCCUGCCGGUGGGUGCCAGCACCUUCAAGGAGGCCAUGCGUAUUGGGGCCGAGGUCUACCACAACCUGAAGAACGUCAUCAAGAAGAAGUAUGGCCAGGACGCCACCAAUGUGGGAGACGAGGGGGGCUUCGCUCCCAACAUCCUGGAGAACAAGGAAGCUCUGGAGCUGAUCAAAGAGGCUAUCAGCAAAGCAGGAUACACAGAAGAGGUGGUGAUCGGCAUGGAUGUGGCAGCCUCUGAGUUCUACAGGGAUGGGAAAUACGACUUAGACUUCAAGUCCCCUGAUGACCCAGAGCGUUACAUCACUCCUGAUGAGCUGGCUGACCUCUACAAGAGCUUCUGCAAGGAUUACCCAGUGGUAUCCAUUGAGGAUCCCUUUGACCAGGAUGACUGGGAGGCGUGGUCCAACUUCACCGGCAGCACUGAGAUCCAAGUGGUGGGUGAUGACCUCACAGUGACCAACCCCAAACGCAUCACCAAGGCCGUGGAGGACAAGGCCUGCAACUGCCUGCUGCUGAAGGUCAAUCAGAUCGGCUCUGUGACCGAGUCUCUGGCCGCGUGCAAGAUGGCUCAGUCAAGUGGCUGGGGAGUGAUGGUCAGCCAUCGCUCUGGGGAGACAGAGGACACCUUCAUUGCUGAUCUGGUAGUGGGCCUAUGCACUGGACAGAUUAAGACCGGGGCUCCUUGCCGCUCUGAGCGUCUGGCCAAGUAUAACCAGAUUCUCAGAAUUGAAGAGGAAUUGGGAGACAAGGCUGUCUUUGCUGGGAAGAACUUCAGGAACCCCUUGGCUUAACUAGGUGCAAUGGGAACAUACUCAUGGGCAUAUACACACACACACAACGGUUUAGCAAGCAUUCUAAUGAUUACUUACAAAUGCUAAAAAAGCUUACUGAUAAACCAAAAUGUGAACGGGUAACGAGGUAGCUAGAAAGACUCAUUCAAAGUUCGUCCAAUACCAUAGGUUAUUACAUACAUUCCCUAGUCUACCUACAUUCCGCUGCCCUAGAUUAACAAUUUACCUGUGAGUUGCAAUGAUUGUCUUCCACUGAAUCUAUUUCAAUAUAGAGUAAAAUAAUUAUAUCCAUGAGUAAUCAAUAUAAUGGAUUGUGAAAUUGCAAAAGCUGCAGCCUACUUGUGGCUGCAGAUGCUGUGAAUAAACCCCUUUUUUGAAACUGA